CGGAUAUGGAAACUGAGGAGAAUCUAUGUAUGGGUAGAGGCCGGCCCGAGCGAGCUGGGUGCGAUGACUCCGACGGGCGGCGGACGCAAUGGGGCCGCCGCCGACACCCCGAUGAAAUGGGAGAUGGAUCCACUUGCCCGGGCCCGCAGCCGGCCGGCUCUUAAAUACGCAAAGGCACUGCGGUAGCCAAAAGAAAAAGAAG